AUGAUCUUCUGCUCAGCAGCCCUCUUCUACGUGAAAUAUCCGUACAAACAUCAGGAAUCACCACCCGGCAAAAUGAUUUUCCGCCUACAUAUCGUCCGACAUGCAGAGGGAACUCACAACCCUGGCCAUGAUACGACUAUUCUGGAUCCGCCAUUGACUGAGAGAGGAAUUAAGCAGUCUCUGGAGCUAUCACAGGACUUCAAAUUCAACGAUAGUGUCGGCCUGGUGUUGGCAUCUCCACUACGGCGGACUCUUCAAACAGCGUACAUCGGCUUCCAACAAACACUUGAUCAAAGAUUUUACCCCAAUGUGCCACAAGCAGGCGUUCAAAAUGGUGCAAAUCUCGUUCUCGAGCCUGAUGUGCAGGCACAUUCUUCUCGACCAUGUGACACUGGUUCGGACAUUUCGCUCUUACAGUCCGAGUAUCAAGAUGUUCCCUGGGACAUCCUUGACUUGAAUCCUAUAUUCCCGAGAAAGGAAGGACUAUAUGCAUCCGAUCUGGAGACACUGAAACAGCGUGGAUGGAGGAUUCAGCGUCGUUUGCAUGAAUUGUUCAAGGAAUUGGCGAAUACUGCUCGCCCAGAUAUUGUUGUUGUUACACAUGGUGGAUUCAUGCAACAUAUUACUGGAGAUGAUAAGUUGGGUGUUGGGCCCGCAAAGGCUAGAAGCUUUAUGGUAUCGUUUGAUCAAGAUUCUAGACUUAUCAUUGAACAUUCAUUGUCUGAGUAA